GUGUCAGUGGCAAGCUCGGAGCUCCAGCUUAUCAUAUCAUUUCUAUUUUCUUGAUUGAUGUCAAUAUUACCCCGGAAUAUCGUCGACGGAGGAGAUACUUAACAGGAAAUUUGAGGAAGUCCCGAGUCGUAAGAGGAAGAUGACCUUGCCAUAUUGGUCUUACGAUCUUCUAGAAGAUGAAAAUGGAAAUCAUGCUCGGCAUUCACGACCGCAGUACUACGCUGUACGCUACCUGGCUCCACUCCGUACCUCCCCGCGUCAAGCUUUCCGCCUUCCAUGAUCUAAGAUCGACCACCUUCCAGUUUUAUAUUUCGCCAGCUGUCACCGCCUUAAUUUACCCGCCAUAUUCAAUAUUCAUAUAUGUAUUAAUACACGGUAUCAUGACUGGAACGAGUUGACAGCCAUAUUUCUGAUUUAUCCAUGAUUUCAAUUCGGAACUAAGAUUCAAAAUAUAUCGCCGAAAAUUAUCUAGUCGACGAUGGCGACUCCCUGGGCAGAGGCCGAGAGCCACGAGCAAUUCUUCGUCCUACUAACAGGGGCCAACAGUGGUGUCGGUCUUGGUAUCGGUCAGCGGAUCAUCGACGAAUUCCUUGCUUCACGAUCUCUGUCCUCACACUUGAUUCUCAUCCCUACGACUCGCUCGGUCUCCAAGUCUCGCGACACCGUCCUCGCCCUACGUACCCAUCUACAAGAAACAGCCAGCACCUCGACCCAGCUUCAAUCACGAGGAGGCUCUGGCUACGACCCCCAAUCCGCUGCCUCUCGUGUUCACAUCCUCAGUAUCCAAGUCGACCUUUGCAACCUUCGAUCGAUAUAUGAUGCCGCGAAGCAGUUGGUUCAUGGCAAAGUGAGCGACCCAACUGGCUUGAUUAGCGAUGUAAAGAUACCUCGUCUCGAUGCUGCCCUCUUCAACGCAGGGAUUGGUGGAUGGUCUGGGUUAGACUGGUUCGGAUUCGCAAAGCAAUUUUUCCAGGUCGGGCUUGUACAAAGUUGUACAUUCCCUGCUUUCAAGAAAGCAUUGCCCGCUGCUGUGAUAGACCAGCGCAAGCUUCUCGGAGACUCAGCCGCUGAUCUGAAAAUCCAACCACCUGAGCUAGCUGAGGUCUUCACCGCCAACGUCUUCGGACACUAUGUCCUUGCACAUGAGCUCCUCCCGCUCUUAAGUCGCUCGCGAUCAGACGAGCUCGUGGGCCGUGUCAUCUGGACAAGCACCAUCGACGCCAGUCACGAACACCUCAGCUUCUCAGACUUCCAAGCGCGACACGGCAACCCACCCUACGAGAGCAGCAAGCGGAUCACAGACCUCAUCGGCCUCACCGCGAACCUACCCGGCGUGCAAAAGGCAUCGGCCCCGUACUUUGCCUCGCCCGCCGCCGCCGACAAGCCCAUCAAGCCACGCUUCUACGUCACGCACCCGGGUGUCGUAUGUACUCCUCUCUUUCCCCUCCCCUGGAUCCUAUUCUGGGGCUACUACGCUGCUAUGUACGUCGCCCGCUGGCUCGGCUCCCCCUGGCACCCCGUCGAACCAUACCUCGGCGCCUGCGCCACCGCCUGGCUCGCGCUCGCCGACCAGCAGACUUUAGACCACCUCCGCGCCGACCGUGUGAAAUGGGGGACCAGCGCUACCCGUACCGGCCACGUCGCGCCCAAGAAAUCGGAAGUCGACGGCUGGGGAUGGGACGGGGAUGUAACGACUCCCGGUGAGAAAGAGCAUGAGAAUGAAGUAGGCGUUUUGCAAAAGUCCUCCGGGCGUAAGUGGGACGCGCAGGAAUUGACUAAGGAGAAACGAGUUGAGUUCGAGGACGACGGGCGUAAGUGCUGGGAGGAGCUGGAGAGGUUGAGGACGGCUUGGGAGAAUGCGCUUGGAGAGGGUGAUGCUGCUAAGUAGUGACAUUACGAGAUUUAUUUAGUGAUGAUGCGGUGUAUACUACUAUAUCCCCGAAGCUUAGUUCGGGUUAAUUAUUGCGAUGACAUUGCGUUGCGUUGAAAUAUAUAUAUAUGCCUACCAUUUA